AUGGCCGAACGCUACUACACUCUGGCAGAAGGCUGCCCUUUUGCUAGCAACAGCUCCACCGUUCAACUGCGGAACAACUCUGGUGGUGGCCUUUCGUUGCUCCAAGAUACGCAACUCAUUGAGACUCUCGCCCAUUUCUCUCGUGAGAGAAUCCCUGAGCGUGUGGUCCAUGCCAAGGCGGCGGGCGCAUAUGGAGAGUUCGAAGCCACCAGCGAUUGCUCCGAUAUUACUUCCGCUAGCUUCUUGAGCAAGGCUGGCAAGAAGUCUCCCGUCCUCCUUCGCGUGUCUACAGUUGGACCUGAAGCCGGUUCGGCUGACACUACUCGUGAUGUUCACGGAUGGGCCAUGAAGAUGUACACGGAUGAGGGUAACUUGGAUUGGGUCUUCAACAACACGCCGGUCUUCUUCGUUCGCGAUCCAAUUAAGUUCCCUUCCCUGAACCGUUCGCACAAGAGACACCCGACAACUCAUCUUCCCGAUGCAAACAUGGUGAGUAGCCCACAUGGUUGCCAUUUGGCUAGUGGUAAAAUUAAUUCAGUGCUAAUGUUGGCUGUUUCUAUAGUUCUGGGAGUAAGUAUACUUGGUUCAGCACACAUCAACUCCUCCUGUAUUAACACUCUUAGCUUCCACGUCGGUAACCCCGAAGGUAUUCAUGAGCUUCUUCACCUUUUCAGUGACCGUGGAACACCCAAGUCGAUCCGCAACAUGAAUGCCUACAGUGGACAUACAUACAAGUUCACCAAGGAGGACGGAUCAUUUAAAUAUAUCAAGUUCCACAUCAAGAGCGCCAACGGUGUUAAGAACAUGACCACCGCGGAAUCCGUUAAGAUCGCAGGUGAAGACCCUGAUUACCUCAUUCGGGAUUUGUAUGAGGCCAUCGAGAAGGGCAACUACCCCGUGUGGAACGUCUACGUCCAGGUUAUGGAUCCAGCCGACGCGGAGACAUACCGUUGGAACAUCUUUGACAUGACCAAAGUUUGGCCUCACAAAGACUACCCGCUGAGACAAAUUGGAAAGUUGACCAUGAACCGCAAUCCUAAGAACUACUUCACCGAUAUUGAGCAGGCGGCCUUCUCCCCAUCCACAAUGGUGCCGGGUAUUGCGCCAUCGGCUGAUCCAAUGCUCCAGGCCCGUAUGUUCGCUUACCCCGAUGCGGCCCGGUACCGUCUCGGAGUCAACUACCAGCAGCUCCCAACCAACGCAGCCAAGGCGCCUGUCUACUGCCCUUACCAGAGAGACGGCGCCAUGCGGUUUGACGACAACUAUGGCGGUGAUCCCAACUACGUCGGCUCGUCCCUGCAGCCCACCAAGUUCUACCAAGAGGUGAAGAACUCGGGAGCCGCCCGACUGAGCGGACUGACCGAGCACGAGAAAUGGGUGGGAGAAGUGACCAACUUCCAGAGCCAGAUCACGGACGAUGACUUCGUCCAACCCGCUGGCCUCUGGGAAGUCCUCGGCAGGGAGCCCGGCCACCAGGACAGAACGAUUGCGAACCUUGCGGGCCAUAUCGCGGGCGUCCGCUCUCCCCAGCUGCGCAAUGCGGUCUAUGGACUCUUUGCGAAAGUUAAUGCAGACCUUGGUGCGCGUCUCAAGAAGGCAACCGAGGCUGCGGUGUCUGCGUAA